ACAGCCGAUAGAGGAAGAAGCCUCAGUGGGUGCAGUUCAUGUUAGCCUGAACGGAUCCGUUAGCAGCGCAGACAUCGCAGACCAGUGGACCUUUUCACUGUUAUUCAGCACACGUUUUAAAUCGACUAAAGCCGGAUUGAGGAGUUAUAAUCGAGGCUCUCCGACGACCGCUUCGCCACGAUGAGCUUCCUGUUUAGCAACCGCUCAAACAAGACCUUCAAGCCGAAGAAGAACAUCCCGGAGGGCUCCCACCAGUAUGAGCUGCUGAAGCACGCCGAGGCUACGCUGGGCAGCGGGAACCUGAGGCAGGCCGUCAUGCUGCCGGAGGGCGAGGAUCUCAACGAGUGGAUCGCUGUCAACACGGUGGAUUUUUUCAACCAGAUCAACAUGCUGUACGGCACAAUCACCGAGUUCUGCACCGAAACCAGCUGCUCUGUGAUGUCUGCAGGACCGAGAUAUGAGUAUCACUGGGCUGAUGGGACCAAUAUUAAGAAGCCUAUCAAAUGCUCUGCGCCCAAAUACAUCGACUACCUGAUGACCUGGGUGCAGGACCAGCUGGAUGACGAGACACUUUUUCCCUCCAAGAUCGGAGUUCCCUUUCCGAAGAACUUCAUGUCCGUGGCCAAAACCAUCCUGAAGCGUCUCUUCAGGGUUUACGCUCACAUCUACCACCAGCACUUCGACUCUGUGAUGCAGCUGCAGGAGGAGGCCCACCUCAACACCUCCUUCAAGCACUUCAUUUUCUUUGUUCAGGAGUUCAACCUCAUCGACAGGCGAGAGCUCGCUCCCCUGCAGGACUUGAUCGAGAAGCUUGGAUCCAAGGACAGAUAGACAUUUCAUCACACGUCUCCUUUUCUUCUUUGUUUUUUAACACUUUCUUUUUCUCCUCUCUCUCUCUCUCUCUCUCUCUCUCUCUCUCUCUCUCUCUCUCUCUCUCUCUCUCACCUCUGCUACCUCUUUGACUUCUGGGCUCAACUCUUUCAAUCUGUGCCUUCUUCUACCUUUCAUUUCUACCAUGUCUGUGCUUCUUUUAUUUUCUUCUGGUGACUUUUAUGCUGUGUUUGAGCCACCCCCCCUCCUCGUCACUCAUAUAUAUAUAAUGAUGUAGUGUAGUGAGAGUAUUUUUUCACAGUACUGUGGUUAAUGACUCUGUAAGAGCAACCGUCUGAAUUUUUAUAUUGGACCAAGGACUUUUUGAGGUUAGAGGUAAAAGCAUAUUUUAUUCCAUCAGAAGUCGACGUGUAGAUGACUUUGAUUGUCUGGACAGUUUUUAGUUAUUCAUAGGCAGUUUCUUUAAACAUCGAGCUGUUGUUAAAACAACGACUGACCAAAUAUCCCCAUCUUAGCUGCCAUUAGAGAAAGACAAGAAGAUGGCAAGAAAAUGGUCAGAUGAAUGGAGCCUUGGUUUGGAUUUUGCACCUGUAAGAAAACAAAAAUGGUGAAGAGAGGCUCAAAUAAUAUACAACACAUGCUUACUAUCGACAAACUCUCUGAUGCUGGGGUAAAGAUUGGUAUUUAAAGACUAUUAUGAUGAUGCAUUUUUUUUUUUUUUUCAAAAACACACCACCAGCGAGUGCAUCUUAGGUAUUUGAAUUUGGUCAUGAUAUUGUGUUUUGCACAUUUUUUUGGGCUAUUUUCCUAAUUAAAAUUGUAAAGUGAAAGCCAGGGUGUUGACAGGGAAAUUGUUAGUUAUUAGUAAUAGUGAUUUAAAAUGUAAUGGAGAUGUUAAGUUGAAUUAGUUCCUGUGUCCAGCUUGAGUUUUUUUCUGAGUGCCAGCGUCUUUUUUCAAUGAGAAGAGAGCGUUCUCUGCUGCAGGUGGACGCCUGGAGAAAAAGCGCAUCAUCUUUUUUUUCCAACUUUUUGAAAGGGCUUUGUCUUAAUCACCCAACACUUUUUUCAAUCGGGAUAUAAUUGAUCUGAAAUACAAAACAUACAGAAAAAGGUAACGGAGCAGUGGGGUUCACACAGCGGUCGUUGUCAUAGAGACGGACGAGCAACGCUUUUCUUCUCAGCACACAAACUCCCAAAACGCAAAAGUCGCCGCUUUUCUGCCCGGAAAAAAACACCAGGUGGACACGGGCCCUUAGUCAUGCAGAAGUAUUCUGAUGUGAAAGAGUUCAUUUCUGCGGUGUGUUUAUUACUGAACCAAGUGUUUGACCCUUCAAUGCUGGUACUUUGUUUUCAAUGAAUUCUUCCCCCUUUGAUCAGAAAAGUAUUAACUUUUGAUAAGUGACCUGUGUUACCUGUAGUUACCACAGACGUCUCCUCUCGUCUCUGUGCAUGUAUCAUAGUCACUUCCUGUGCUUCACUCUGGCUACAACAGCAGGGCUGUUUACUGCCAUCCUUUCACACGCUAGUUGUUAUGAUGAAUGUUUUAUUUCGCAAGGGAACGGUUUCUAACCUGCUGGACCUCGAUUCAUAUCGGACAAUCAUGUAACAAAUUAAACCGUUAGAUACGUUAACGCAUCACUAGGAACCGACCAGUUGUUUUGGCUUCAGUAAGUCGUGUUAAUUCACUUUUAGGCCCACACUUAGCUAACAAAAAAAAAGAGCUAGAAACAGUUAAGUUCACACUCUAUAAGGAUAACAGUAUAUUUUACAAGACUGAGUUAUUUUAGAGUUUUAUUUGAAUAUAUAACAAGUCCUUUCUUUCAAUCUAGAAACAUAUUUUUAUAAUGUAUUGGUUUUUCACACAUUUCAUAAUAAACUGUAAAAAGACAAAUUGACAUAACCUUUUUCAAAUGAGGACGACUGAAUCAAAGGUUUUUAUAUAUUAACAAUAAAGGUCAAAUCAUUGGGUGGGAAGAGGUGUCAGGAUGUUGCUGCUGCGUCCCAACAUUUGCUGUAAAUAUUACCAGUGUUUUAUCUGAACAAAUCAAAGUGUGCCUUAAAAACAUGGAAAGGUCUGAUCUGACAAGUAUUGGUUGAUCAAAUAUUCAAUAAAAACUGAAAGGACAA